UCAAUUCAGUUAAUACAGUUUUCAACAGAGAAAUGCAAAACGAACUUUCAAUUUCCGUCGACUCUCGCUUAGCCAUGCUCCGCCUCAGCUCCGGCGAUGACGCCACCACCGGAGAAUUUCCCGGCGACCAAUCUCCUCAUCAGCAAUGCCACUCUUGUCGUUCCGUCGAGAAACAACCACAUUUCUCACCUGAAAUUCCCACCACCACCGCCGUCAUUACAGCAGAGACACCUGCCACUUCAUGUAAGAAAACUACCCUUUACGGCGGCGCUACCACCACCACCACCAAGGCAAAGAGACACUCAAACUGCCGUUUCUCUUCUUCUCUAGAAGAACCAUUUCCUAAACGAACUGCCACCAUUCUACCACCCAUUUCCGCCGCCGCAGACGGCGGCGGCGUCGACACCUACAACAACAACAAUAAUAACCAUUUCCAAGGUUUCAUCAAAAUCCCACUUCAAGAAUCUCCGGUGACUCCAUCACCUUCACCAUCUCCGGCGAAACCACCAUUAGCGCCGCCAUUUCCUCGACCCCUUUAUCGGACUACCUCGGAUCCCACUGGAAAAUCCCCUACCCUCCCACCUCAUCGUAACCUCACAAGAACAACUAGCUGUUCACCAAAUGAAUUUCCUACUACAAUGAAAUCCCAAACUCACUGGUCACCAAAUGUUCAAGAAUUAGGUGGUUCAGUUAACAAUGGAGAAUCUCCUACAGCAAUGAGGCUGAAGAGAAUGAAAGAUGGAAUGAGAGAAAUGAGACAAUGGUGUGAUCUUAUGAUUCAAGAAGAAGAAACUUCCCAUGAAGAAAACAAGAUUGUAAAGGAUGAUGAGACAGAUAGUGGAGGAGGAGAAGCAUUGUGUGAGGAGGCUGUGUGGGUGGAAAGAAUGGGGAACUGUUUGAUUCUUCAUUUCAAGUGUCCUUGUGGUAAAGGCUAUCAGAUUCUGCUAUGUGGAAAUAACUGCUACUAUAAACUCACCAAUUUCUGAAACUUUGUUUCACUCAACAUGAUUUUAAAAAAAAGACUAAUUGGGAUCAGAUUCACUUGAUAAUCAUAGAAGAACUAACUGGUUCAAUAUACUUUAGUUGCAUUCUUUACUUUUUUUUCUUUAAAGUUGGAGUAGUCUACUUUAGUUUGUUUUUAGUCAAUGAGUAAACCUUGUUUCAUUCCUUUUAGAUUUGUGGAUAUGUUGCUUUUAUGCAUAGAAUAUAUUAUGCCUUCCUUUAUAAGUUCGACAUAAAUUGUAGUAGUAGAAUUUAACUGUGAAUGAAGUAUAUACUUUGGAGAUAA